CUCAAAGUCAUGUAACCUCUAAUUUUGUUAACCUCAAAAAAAAAUAACGAAACAAGAGUCAAAAAUAUUAUGAUCGUCAAAACGUUUUCAUUUACUUAGAUACGACAUUAUUCCGAAAAUGAAACUCAAAAAAGGAAAUGCUAAACAAUGGAAACCUGUUGCAAUCGAUGGAUCAGCAUUCAAUGAAGGAUUCGAAGACUUGAUAGGAAUAGAAGAAUGUACAGAUUACGAGCUUCUGAAUAAUCAGACCAGGAAACGUAAACUAUCCAAAGAAGUACCAGAUCCUACAUUGAGAAAAAAGCGAAAAAAAUCAAAAAAAUGUGAAUCAGUUACUGUUCCAUCUAAAUCAGAUGCAACAAUUGAAGAAUGUGAAUCAGUUACUGUUCCAUCUAAAUCAGAUGCAACAAUUGAAGAAAUCAGUGAAGAAUCAAAUAUUGAAACAACGGCUUGGAAUGAAUAUGGCCUCUCAGAACAUCUCGUGAAUGGAAUAAGAGAUCAGGGUUUCCAACAUCCAACUGAAAUUCAAUCUCUUACUCUUCCAGCAGCAAUUUUCGGCAAAAAGGACAUAUUAGGAGCAGCUGAAACAGGAAGUGGAAAAACUUUAGCUUUUGGACUUCCAAUACUGAAUUCAAUCAUACAUAUGAAAUCAGAAACAAGUGAUGAAGAUCGUCCACUUUAUGCUGUCAUUUUAACACCAACAAGAGAACUGGCCAUUCAAAUAAAAAAUCAUUUAACAGCUGUAGCAAAAUACACAGGUAUCAAGAUAGCAGUUUUAGUUGGAGGAAUGGCAGUAGUGAAACAAGAAAGAGUGUUGAGUAAAUCACCGGAGAUUGUUGUUGCUACACCUGGAAGAUUGUGGGAGUUGGUGCAGUUAGGUUAUGAACAUCUUCUAGAUAUUAAUAGAAUAAGAUUCCUGGUUAUAGAUGAAACUGAUAGAAUGCUUGAGAAGGGGCAUUUUCAAGAACUCCAACUUAUUUUAGAGAAAAUAAAUGGAAAUGAAGAAGCAAAAAAAAUCAGGCAGAAUUUUGUCUUUUCAGCAACACUCACAUUAACUCAUGAUUUACCAAAACACCUUCUGAAAAAAAUGAAACGUUAUAAGAAAAAUGUUGAAAUGACGCCUGCCCAAAAACUUAAGAAAAUUAUAGAUACUUUAGGUAUUCAAGACCCCAAAGUAGUCGAUAUAACUAAAGGAAUUGGUUUAUCAAAUAAUCUAUCUGAAGGAAAAAUUAAUUGUUUAAUAGAAGAAAAAGAUUAUUAUGUCUAUUAUUUUCUUCAGAAACACCCUGGUAAAACUAUAAUAUUUUGUAACUCAAUUGGCUGUGUCAAACGCUUGACAACACUUCUGACUUUAUUGGAUUGCCAUCCACUUCCUCUUCAUGCUUCCAUGCAGCAGAAGCAACGACUAAAAAAUCUUGAAAGGUUCAGGGAUAGAGAUAAUUCUCUUUUGAUAGCAACUGAUGUUGCUGCUAGGGGACUGGAUAUUCCAUGUGUAGACAAUGUCCUUCAUUAUCAAACACCACGUACCAGUGAAAGUUAUGUGCAUAGAUCUGGAAGAACUGCUAGAGCAACUAAAGAAGGACUCACUCUUCUGAUUAUUGAUGCUUCUGAGAUUAGAAAUUAUAUAGGAGUCUGCAGAACACUCAACAAAAGUGAAGAUUUACCAAAUUUUCCUGUUGAACAAAACUAUUUGAAUGCAGUAAAGGAAAGGGUCAAUUUAGCAAGAGAAGUUGAUAAGUUGCAAUUGCAAGUUAGAAAAACAAGUGCCGAAAUUGGAUGGUUCGAAAAAGCUGCCAAAGAAAUGGAUAUAAUCAUUGACAAUGUAUCGCUGAAACAUGACUCUGAAGACCGAUCAAAGUGUAAGAAAUUGUAUGAUAUCAAGAAAAAGCUACUUGCCAGUUUAUUAGAGAAACCAAUAUUUCCUAAAGGGGCAAUUAGAAACUAUGCCUCAAUGAAUCUUUCAUUGGAUAAUAAUUCAGAAUCAAAAGAGAAUGCUAUUGAUACUAUGAAAAAAUCGAUGGAGGUCAAAGAAAAGGAUAAAAGAAAGAUUGUUAAAUACUACAAACCCAACAAAAAUAAAAAACAAUCCAUUGUUAAAAAUAAAUAAUGAAAAAUUA